AGACGGCUGAGGCGGAAGCAGUGGCCGGUGGGGCUGGAAAGGGGCCGGCGCCAGAAGGAGGAGGAAGCCCUGAAAAGAAAACAGCAACAAGCUGAGCUGCUGUGACAGAGGGAACAAAAUGGCGGCGCUGAGGCGGAGCCUCUGGGUCAGGGCCCGGCUGGGGCUCCCGCCACUGCUGCUUUUGACCAUGGCCCUGGCCGGAGGCUCGGGAACCGCUUCGGCUGAAGCGUUUGACUCGGUCUUGGGGGAUACAGCGUCUUGCCACCGGGCCUGUCAGUUGACCUACCCCUUGCACACCUACCCCAAGGUCCCUGCCAGUUUAUACACAGUGGAUCACACAGAAGAGGAGUUAUACGCAUGUCAGAGAGGUUGCAGGCUGUUUUCAAUUUGUCAGUUUGUGGAUGAUGGAAUUGAUUUAAAUCGAACCAAAUCGGAAUGUGAAUCUGCAUGUACAGAAGCAUAUUCCCAAUCUGAUGAGCAAUAUGCUUGCCAUCUUGGUUGCCAGAAUCAGCUGCCAUUUGCUGAAUUGAGACAAGAACAACUCAUGUCCCUGAUGCCAAAAAUGCAUCUGCUCUUCCCUCUUACUCUGGUGAGGUCAUUCUGGAGUGACAUGAUGGACUCUGCACAAAGCUUCAUAACCUCUUCAUGGACUUUUUAUCUUCAGGCUGAUGAUGGAAAAAUAGUUAUAUUCCAGUCUAAGCCAGAAAUUCAGUAUGCACCACAGUUGGAGCAGGAGCCUACCGAUUUGAAAGAAUCAUCUCUGAGCAAAAUGUCCUAUCUGCAAAUGAGUUCACAAGCACACAAGAGCUAUCUUGAAGAUGGCGAAAAUGAUGGCUUUUUAAGAUGCCUCUCUCUUAACUCUGGAUGGAUCUUAACCACUACUCUCGUCCUUUCGGUGAUGGUAUUGCUCUGGAUUUGUUGUGCGACUGUUGCUACAGCUGUGGAGCAGUAUGUUCCCUCUGAGAAGCUGAGUAUCUAUGGUGACUUGGAAUUUGUGAAUGAACAAAAGCUAAACAGAUAUCCAGCUUCUUCCCUUGUGGUUAUUAGAUCUAAAACUGAAGAUCAUGAAGAAGCAGGGCCUCUACCUACAAAAGUGAAUCUUGCUCAUUCAGAGAUUUAAGCUUUUUUUUUUUUUAAUGAAAUGUGUAAUAGACACCUUAAUUUCAUUCCUGAUAGAGCUUUUAAAAAUGGUUUCAUUGGAUAUAGGGCUUAAGAAAUCAUUAUAAGAUCCAAAUAAAGUUACCCAAAUCUGUGAAGACUGUAUUUACUGUAACUUUACCUGUAUUUUUUUCUAAUAAUUUAAAAGUGGAUAUUUGUGAUUGUAUUUUUAUUUUACUAAUAUCUGUAACUACUCUAAUUUUUAUUUGCAUUAUUUUUUGCUUUUUGCUUUUUGCUUUUCUUAACCACAUUCUAUGAGCUGAUCAUUCUUCCCCCACCUCCUACCAUGAUGUCAUCAAUCACCUUAGUUAAUAAAUUGAGUACUUGGUAGGAUAUGAUGCUUCUGCUCAGAAAGGGCCCACAAACCUGUAAUUUGACAUUUAGCAGGAGAUGCCCUUUAAUGACAUUACCUUUUCAGUUGUAGUGAACUGAAAUCAUUAAAAUUUUAUUUGAAUAACCAUAUGCUGAAAUUUGAGUUAAUAUACUACUGAUUUUCCAGCACUUCCUUCCUAUCCCACCUGACCCAUAAAAGAAUUACAAAAUGUUCUGUGUCCAUCUAUUGCUAUAUAAUAUGAUGAUCAUAUUAAACAAAUUGAAGCAAAAAUGAUCCUCUCAGAACUGCAUUUUAUGUUGUCUUGCACAGUUUUUGUUAGAUGAUUUUUUCAAAAGAACUUUCUCUUUUAAAAAGCAUAUCAAGUAUAAGGUAAAGAUACUUGCAGAGAAAACUUCAUUUUGACAGUAAGAAUUAGACUCAUGUGAUGCAGAAUUAAGUAUAGAUUUCACUUGGCAAAAACCGUUGUUACUAACAUUCCUUUACCUACAAUAAUAUAGAUUUAAAAUAAGAGUGAUAUCAGGUAACUUAGCACACUAGAAUUUUAAUAUAAUUCAUUGCUAUUAUACCAUGAAAUGGUAACUUUGCAAACCAUUACUUUUCCUUAAUCACAGACUCAUUGCUGACAUCUGCUGUAGUGCUAUUUGAGUAACAAGUGAGACACAAAAUUACCCUAUAGUCUUGUUCUCAGCUUUCUCUGAAACAAAGAAAAUACACUUAACAGCUAAUCAAGUAAGACUUUGGCCACAAAACAUAGGUUUCUGAUUUUAAAAUAGUUUGUCUAAAUUUGGAAGAUGGAGGGUUAGAAAGUAUGUGAACAUAUUCAGAGGGAGAGGGAGAGUAGAGAAGGAAUUGCUAAGCAGUCAUUGUUGUGAGAAAACAUACAACAAGCAUGGAUAAUGAUUUGUAGUUAUAUUUCAAAAAAAAAAAAAAGCCCUGUUGUCUAUUUCCCAUCCGUAAUGCAUACUUAUAUUCCUUUAUUGGGGACAGGACUAAUGGAAAUGUAUCCAGUAAAGCACACUGUGCAUCCAGUAAAACACACUGAGGGGGAAAUACACAAAAUGCUACAGAUUUAUAGGAGUCAGCCCACUUUUAGGAACAGCCUCCCUUAUAAUCACAAUAUUCAGAUAAGAAGGACCCAGUGUACAACUGUCCUAUAUUCUUCUACCUUCCCCUUGGUUUUGUUUCUCUUUGCUUCCUGACUGAGGUACCCCUGAUAUGCCCUCGUUCCUCUUGAAAAUAUUGAUCCAUGUUUAGAUGCAAUUUUUCCUCUUUUGUUUUAUAAGAGGAGUCUUUGUGUGUGGAAAUAGUCAUUCCUUGUAUUUAGUAGGCACUCAAAUAUUUGUCCUGCCUUUAUUUUUCUUAUAACAUGAUUAAACCAGACGGACUUUUUCAAAGAGUUUUACUUUAAAAAGAAAAGAAAGAAAUAUUAUCCACCCCCACUCCCACCUCCCACUAUGCACACAGUAUAAAAUGUUUCUGAUUCUGAAAAUUCCAACCACAGAAACAAAACUGAGCUUCUAGGCCCUUCUCCUAAAAUAACAAUUUAGACCUUGGAUGGCCCGACUUUACUUAGCUCCUUGUCUCUGUGAGACAAGCAUUAUCUUCCCUGUCACACAGCAGGCAUCUUCUUGAGAAUCUUGUCUUGGUCUAGGCAAAUCCCCAAGACCCUUGAGUCUCCUGGUUCAAACCUCCCAGACUCCUAAAUGCUUCUACUUAGUGCAGGUCCCUCGUCUAAGAGUCACCCUAAUUCAGGCAGUUGUAAAGACAGUAGUAAUCACCAUAAUGGAUGAUCUGGGACCAAGUUUCCCAAUCUUCUCACAAAAUUUCAUGGGUACAUUUUGUUUAUGAUACAUUUUUUGGUAAAUCAGAAAUUAUCAGGUUAUUGGGUCUAUCAAUCUUGUCUCUAAUUCCUGUCAUGCAUCAGCAUGUAGCAGGGCCCCUAACUUCUGAAAGUGAUAUCCAAACGUAAAGCUGGCGGAAAAGGGAAAGACAAAACAGAGAGCAGUGUUCCAGGCAGUGGGGACGGUAUGCUCAAGACAUAGAGGCUAAAGGGUGGGGAAUUGCAAAGUGUUUAGUAGGCUGAGAUAUAGCAUGCAAAAGCAUGCCAGUAGUUGAGUUGGAGGGACCAGAUAAUAAAGGACCUUAUAAAACCUAAACUUGAUCUUGAGUGUAAUGGGGAGCCAUUGAAAGCUUUUAAGCAAGAAAGUUACAGUGUUUUAUAAUGGCUCAUUCAGACAAUGAUAUGGAGGAUAGAGCAGAGGAAGACAUUCCGAAGGUCAACAAUAUCCACCCUUUAGAGUCCCUUAAAUUAUGUCGUCAUCCAGUCAUCCAUUCUUUCUGCAGAACCACAUUGAAAGCAGCCAGAGAAGAACCUGCCCUAAAUGGGAAUUUCCAUUGCCAUCCCAAGUUUUUUAUUUUUUUCAUUCCCAUUAAUCCUAUUUCCUUUCAUUUUACUUCAUGCAUAUUUUCAAACUCUUACCUAUGUUGGUACCCCACAUUGUUGUUUUGGUGGUAACCCUAGGACUGGUCUCUGGGUCCUGGGCAGUAUCUGAGUGAUGCCAAGCAAACUGGGAAGGCUGCUCCAUGGAUCCCAAGCCUCUUACCAGACUUCUUCAUGUGGGGCUAAAUUUUUAAAACUGCAAUGCUAGGUCAAUUUAUCACCAUCCAUUAAUCUAGAUUUGCCAACCCAGCUUCUACUGACUCAGUCUGCCCUUGAUUCUGUCCCACCAGGUUUUCAGUUGCUAAGAAUGUCAUAUUUGCAUUUGAGUAUCAUCAACAUGAGUAACCUUUUUCAUCUUUCUUUCUUUGACCUCUGUUCUAGAUUAGAGCCUGGGCGUGGGGGUAUGUCCAGUGAUAGAGAUAAAGAUUGAGAUAGCAGGAAGUUCAGUCUUCUGUGGGAAGGUAGUUUGUACAGUUAGUAUGGAUUUUGACUCCUUGCAGUAAUUCAAUUCUGUAGCACAGUUUAUAUCCCUCUUCUGGAAUUCAUAAUUGUUGAAGCCAGGUAAAUGUAUUUCACUACAAACUCUUGUUCUGUGAUGAUAGUGACUUUUUUUGUUUAGAGCAGGGGUUCUUAACCUUUUUUUUUGUGCCAUGGACCUUUUUGGUGGCAGUCUGAUGUAGCCCAGGAACCUUUUCAGAAUAGUGUUUUCAAAUGCAUAGAGUUAAAUAUGAAGGAUUGCAAAGGAAAUUAAUUAUAUUAAAAUAUAUUUAUCAAAAUAUUUUCAACAUUUUGUUAUACAGUAAUAGAUAUACUCCUUUAUUAACGCGUAAAACAAAAUAUAAUGGUGGGUCUAGAACUGUCAUUUUGAAGUGAUUUCGAAGUAAUAUUUUGAAAUACCUACAACUGCAAUAUGAUAUCAAAAUGUCUAUGAUUUCUAUUGGUGACAGUCACAGAUAGUACUAAAAAUAUUGUGGAUUGUUGACUACAUUCAUAAUUGAAGGAAAUGCUAUAUUUCAGUUAGAAGUUAAUGAAAAUAAAGAUUUAAUUUUUCCCAUACAAGUUUACAGAACCCCUGCUUUAGAGGUUGUUUAAUUUUCCUUUGUCAUUUUAAGAGUAAAUUAUUUUUGUUUGCUUGUUCAUUUCUAAAUUAUUUGGGCUUAAUUUUACUGCCUCUUGUAUGCUUUUUAUGCUUGAAUUGUUUUUGCAAUGUUGGAACAUCAAUAAUUGAAGGCUUGGGUAGAAAAAAAUAAGCAACUGAUUAGAAAUGAGAGGUUUCACAAAAGCUCUUAAUGUUACCUCAAGAUAUGCCAUCAUGCAGUCAUUAUUGGAAACCCAAAUCUGUUAAAUUCAUAAUCCUUACACGUGGUAAACUUGAAUAAAAUUUGGAUUAUCUGCAUUAA